AAAAAACAUACACACACAUUAAUGUUAAUCUUAAUCAAAGAUUCGGUCAAAACCAGUGACAAUCAUGAGGAAAUAACUUUGAACCCAGCAUCAGAAUUAGUGGAAAUGGACCACUGGAUCUGACAGCAUACAUGCACUUUUCACUCUUUAACUGACAUUCCGUUCCCAGAGAGUCCAAACUCCCAAGUGCCCAAGCGGAACUGGAGCCAACUGCUGUGCCAGGACACUAAAAUGUCUUUAAAGACCAAGAUGUAUCUUCUGAUGCUUGUAUCCACAAUCGGGUUCGUUUUAAAGAACAACCUUAUAAGGGACAAUUAAUAGAGAUUUCAGUGAUACGAUUAAACUCUGGUUCCUCAUAAACUAAACUUAGAGCCUGGUGCUGACAGCUGAAACAGGACCGGUUUCAGUCACCUCCAGAAGUAGCAGAGAGAUAAGGGCAGUAAAAGGAGGAGAGAGAGAGAGAGAGAGAGAGAGAGAGAGAGAGAGAGAGAGUGGGUGCUGUGUCCACAGCCGUUCAUUCUCAGAGCAGAGAUCACCAGGCGGGUCAGUGCCUGGGGAAAAACCCCAAAAAAACACUGCCUGGGAACUGAGGAACACAACUUGGAGAGAGUGAGAAAGAACGAGCAGGGGGAGGAGAGCAAGGAGUAGGACAGAGAGCGAUGAGAGGACAUUGCGAGCGCUCCUGAAGUUAAACAUAAAACACAACAAAGAGAGAGAGAAAAAAAAAAACAGACCUGAAAUGCACACCUUUGCAUUCGCUGCAUGUUUUACUGAAUGGAGCGCAAUCCACACAAGCAGUGAUGGCGAACUUCUGACUGACUUCAAAUAGACCAAAGCUUCACUCUCCCGAGGAUUCCAGUCUCAGAAAGACAAUAAAGAUGCUGCGAGGGCUGUUCGGUCGCCGCAGGCUGAAGCACGAGCGGCUGAAGGAGGACGUGGAGGUGCGCUUCAAAGGGGAGCUGGUGUCGGAGAGAGAGCUGGGAUACACUUUCGUGCGGCCAGGAGGCUCCAACUAUUCCAGUCCGUCGUUGGCUCCAGUCCCCGGUCUGAAUGAGGACGAGCAUGUGGGGGGCGGGGAUGAGGUGCUGGGUCUUGCACCAGAGCACAUUCCCACCCCUGGCGCCUCCCUCAGCUGGCAGGCAGCCAUCGACGCGGCACGGCAGGCCAAGCUGAUGGGCACCACCGCAGCCCCGAUCUCCACUGCGUGCUCCACGCAGCGCAAACGCCAGCCCUACACCAAACCCAAGAAACAGGCCAGCACUGCCUCCACGCGCCCACCCCGAGCCCUCCUCUGCCUCACUCUUAAAAACCCCAUCCGCAGGGCGUGCAUCAAUAUCGUGGAAUGGAAACCAUUUGAAAUCAUCAUUUUGAUGACUAUUUUUGCUAACUGUGUGGCCUUAGCUGUCUACAUCCCUUUCCCCGAAGACGAUUCCAACGCAACCAACUCAAACCUGGAACGGGUGGAGUAUCUCUUUCUGAUUAUUUUUACGGUGGAAGCAUUUCUCAAAGUUAUUGCAUACGGGUUGCUGUGUCACCCUAAUGCGUACCUGCGGAACGGCUGGAACUUGUUGGAUUUCAUCAUCGUGGUGGUAGGGCUGUUCAGUGCGAUAUUAGAGCAGGCCACUAAAGGGGAUGGUGGGACUUCAAUGGGAGGCAAGGCUGCAGGGUUUGAUGUAAAAGCCCUACGAGCCUUUCGAGUGUUGAGACCUCUGAGACUCGUAUCUGGAGUACCUAGUUUACAGGUGGUGCUGAACUCCAUCAUUAAAGCCAUGGUUCCCCUCCUGCACAUCGCUCUGCUUGUUCUGUUCGUCAUCAUCAUUUAUGCCAUCAUCGGCCUGGAGCUCUUCAUGGGCAAGAUGCACAGAACCUGUUUUUUCUUCAAAGAUGGACACAAAGGUCCUAUAUCUGAAGAGAAACCGGCCCCCUGCGCCCCAAGCUCCACCCAUGGACGACACUGCUCCCAGGCCAACAUAACGCAGUGCAUGAUGGGAUGGGCGGGCCCAAAUGAUGGAAUCACGAACUUUGAUAACUUUGCAUUUGCCAUGCUAACUGUGUUUCAAUGCAUCACGAUGGAGGGCUGGACUGACGUCCUGUACUGGAUGCAGGAUGCCAUGGGUUAUGAGCUUCCGUGGGUCUAUUUUGUCAGUCUGGUCAUCUUUGGAUCCUUUUUCGUUCUAAAUCUGGUUCUGGGUGUGUUGAGCGGAGAGUUCUCGAAAGAGCGAGAAAAGGCCAAAGCUCGCGGUGAUUUCCAGAAGCUCCGUGAGAAGCAGCAGCUGGAGGAGGAUCUAAAGGGCUACCUGGACUGGAUCACGCAGGCGGAGGAUAUCGACCCUGAGAACGACGACGAGGGACUGGACGAUGACAAGCCUAGAAAUCUGAGUAUGCCGGCCAGUGAAAAUGAGUCGGUGAACACUGAUAAUGCUCCCGCUGGAGACAUGGAGGGAGAGACCUGCUGUACUCGCAUGGCAAAUAGGAUCUCCAAAUCCAAAUUCAGUCGAUAUUCACGCCGAUGGAAUCGGUUAUGUCGGCGCACGUGCCGUGCAGCAGUGAAGUCAAAUGUGUUCUACUGGCUGGUGAUUUUCCUGGUAUUUUUGAACACACUUACCAUUGCCUCUGAGCACCACCAGCAGCCAGACUGGCUCACCAAUGUACAAGAUAUUGCCAAUAAGGUGAUGCUGGCUCUUUUUACUGGUGAGAUGCUGCUGAAGAUGUACAGUCUGGGCCUACAGGCCUAUUUCGUCUCGCUCUUCAACCGCUUCGACAGUUUUGUGGUGUGCGGUGGAAUUCUGGAGACUAUCCUGGUGGAGACUAAGAUCAUGUCACCCCUCGGCAUCUCUGUGCUGCGCUGUGUGCGUCUGCUCCGCAUCUUCAAGAUCACCAGGUACUGGAACUCUCUCAGUAAUCUAGUGGCGUCGCUGCUGAACUCGGUGCGCUCGAUCGCGUCCCUGCUCCUGCUGCUCUUCCUGUUCAUCAUCAUCUUCAGUCUGCUCGGAAUGCAGCUCUUUGGUGGCAAGUUCAACUUUGACGAGACGCGCCGCAGCACCUUCGAUAACUUCCCGCAGUCUCUCCUCACCGUCUUUCAGAUUUUGACCGGAGAGGACUGGAACUCUGUGAUGUACGAUGGGAUCAUGGCGUACGGUGGACCCUCCUUUCCUGGCAUGCUCGUCUGCAUUUAUUUCAUCAUCCUCUUCAUCUGCGGAAACUACAUCCUCCUGAAUGUCUUCUUGGCCAUUGCCGUGGACAACCUGGCUGACGCAGAGAGUCUGACGUCAGCGCAGAAAGAGGAAGAGGAAGAGAAAGAGAGGAAGAAGCUGGCCAGGACGGCCAGUCCAGAGAAGCGCCAUAACUCUGAGAAACCACCUCUGGAGGAUGAAAAGAAAGAGGAAAAGAUUGAACUCAAAUCCAUCACUUCCGAUGGAGAGACUGCCACCAAGAUCAACAUAGAUGAGUACACAGGGGAGGAGAAUGAGGAGAAGAAUCCAUAUCCUGUGAACGAUUUCCCAGCAGGAGAGGAGGACGAUGAGGAGCCAGAGAUGCCAGUAGGUCCUCGUCCACGUCCACUUUCCGACAUUCAGCUGAAGGAGAAAGCUGUCCCCAUGCCAGAAGCCAGAGCUUUCUUUAUUUUCAGCCCCAAUAACAAGUUCAGGGUUUUGUGUCAUAAGAUUGUAAACCAUAACAUCUUCACCAAUUUAAUCCUGUUCUUUAUACUGCUGAGCAGUAUUUCACUGGCAGCGGAGGACCCAGUGAAUAAUGACUCAUUCAGGAAUCAGAUUCUAGGCUAUGCAGAUUAUGUGUUUACAGGAAUCUUCACCAUAGAGAUCAUACUGAAGAUGACAGCGUAUGGAGCAUUCCUACAUAAGGGUUCAUUUUGUCGGAAUUAUUUUAAUAUUUUGGAUCUGGUGGUGGUCAGUGUGUCUCUGAUCUCCUCUGGAGUUCAGUCAAGUGCCAUUAAUGUAGUGAAGAUUCUCAGAGUGCUGAGGGUGUUGAGGCCCCUGAGAGCAAUCAACAGAGCCAAGGGCCUCAAACAUGUGGUCCAGUGUGUGUUUGUAGCCAUCCGUACCAUCGGGAACAUCGUCAUCGUCACCACUUUGCUGCAGUUCAUGUUUGCCUGUAUUGGAGUUCAACUUUUCAAGGGCAAAUUCUUCUUCUGCUCAGACUCCUCUAAACAGACACAGUCCGAAUGCAGAGGGUCCUAUAUAUUAUACAAAGAUGGGAAUGUUGGGAAGCCAGAGAAAGCGCAUCGUUUAUGGGAGAACAGUGAAUUCAACUUUGAUGAUGUCCUGCAGGGCAUGAUGGCUCUGUUUGCCGUGUCCACUUUUGAGGGUUGGCCAGGGCUCCUCUACAGAGCCAUUGACUCCCAUACCGAGGAUGUUGGCCCAAUCUACAACUACCGUGUGAUCAUCUCUAUAUUCUUCAUCAUCUACAUCAUCAUCAUCGCCUUCUUCAUGAUGAACAUAUUCGUAGGUUUCGUCAUAGUGACAUUUCAGGAGCAGGGAGAGCAAGAGUACAAAAACUGUGAGCUGGACAAAAACCAGCGUCAGUGUGUGGAAUAUGCCCUGAAGGCCCGUCCCCUGCGCAGGUACAUCCCCAAGAACCCGUAUCAGUACAAGGUUUGGUACGUGGUGAACUCCACCUACUUUGAGUACCUGAUGUUCACCCUCAUUCUUCUCAACACCAUCUGCCUGGCCAUGCAGCAUCAUGGCCAAUCUCAGUCGUUCAGCAAAGCCAUGAAUAUCCUCAAUAUGUUGUUCACCGGCCUAUUCACUGUGGAAAUGAUCCUCAAACUCAUCGCCUUCAAACCCAGGGGUUACUUUAGUGACCCCUGGAAUGUUUUUGACUUCCUCAUCGUAAUUGGCAGCAUUAUAGACGUCAUUCUGAGUGAGAUCAACCAUUAUUUUGUUGAUGCAUGGAACACGUUUGAUGCCCUUAUUGUAGUGGGUAGUGUUGUUGAUAUAGCCAUCACAGAGGUUAACCCAGCUGACCCCUCCUCCUCUCCCCCCUCCUCUGUGGUAAGACCAAUGGGCCUCCAAAACACUGAAGAUAACGCCAGGAUCUCGAUCACAUUCUUUCGGCUGUUCCGUGUGAUGAGGCUGGUGAAGCUCCUGUCUCGGGGCGAGGGCAUUCGGACGCUGCUCUGGACCUUCAUUAAAUCCUUUCAGGCGCUUCCCUACGUUGCUUUGCUGAUCGUAAUGCUGUUCUUCAUCUACGCCGUCAUUGGGAUGCAGAUGUUUGGUAAGAUUGCCCUGAGGGACAACAGCCAGAUCAACCGAAACAACAACUUUCAGACGUUUCCUCAGGCUGUUCUGCUGCUCUUCAGGUGUGCAACAGGGGAGGCAUGGCAGGAAAUCAUGCUGGCCUGUUCCCCGAAACGCCCGUGUGAGAAGGGGUCAGAGGUCUACCACAACAGUGAUGAGUGUGGCAGCCACUUUGCCAUCAUCUACUUUGUUAGCUUUUAUAUGCUUUGCGCCUUCCUGAUCAUUAACCUUUUUGUGGCCGUCAUCAUGGACAACUUUGACUAUUUGACACGUGAUUGGUCGAUAUUGGGGCCGCAUCACCUGGAUGAGUUUAAGAGGAUAUGGGCGGAAUACGAUCCUGAGGCCAAGGGACGGAUAAAGCACCUGGAUGUGGUGACGUUGCUGCGCAGGAUUCAGCCUCCCCUUGGGUUUGGAAAGCUUUGUCCACAUCGAGUGGCGUGCAAGCGGCUUGUGUCCAUGAACAUGCCUCUCAAUAGUGACGGGACGGUGAUGUUCAAUGCAACUCUCUUUGCUCUAGUACGAACGGCUCUACGCAUCAAAACAGAAGGUAAUCUGGAGCAAGCAAAUGAGGAACUCAGGGCCAUCGUGAAGAAGAUCUGGAAGAGGACCAGCAUGAAGCUGCUGGAUCAAGUCGUUCCGCCUGCUGGAGAUGACGAAGUAACAGUGGGGAAGUUCUAUGCCACAUUCCUGAUUCAGGAAUACUUCAGGAAAUUUAAGAAGCGCAAGGAACAGGGCCUGGUGGCCAAAAUUCCUCCAAAGACUGCUCUUUCACUGCAGGCUGGCCUGCGUACACUGCAUGAUAUGGGUCCUGAGAUCAGAAGAGCGAUAUCGGGAGACCUGACUGUGGAGGAGGAGCUGGAGAGAGCCAUGAAGGAAACCGUGUGUGCUGCAUCAGAGGAUGAUAUCUUCAGGCGGUCUGGAGGUCUCUUCGGUAACCACGUCAACUACUACCACCAGAGCGACGGCCACGCCUCCUUCCCACAGUCCUUCACAACACAGCGGCCGUUGCACAUCAGUAAAUCCGGGAGUCCCGGCGAAGCAGAAUCUCCCUCUCAUCAGAAGCUCGUCGACUCCACCUUCACUCCGAGCAGUUACUCUUCCUCAGGAUCCAACGCCAACAUUAACAACGCCAACAACACCGGCAUCGGACACCGGUACCCCAAACCUACCAUCAGCACAGUGGACGGACACACGGCGCCGCCCCUCACCUCCGUCCCACUACCACGGCCCACAUGGUGCUUUCCUAACAAGAGGAGCUGUUUCUAUGACUCUUUCAUGCGCUCUGAUUCCAGUGACAGUCGUCUCCCUAUAAUCCAGCGAGAGGAAGCAUCUACAGAUGAGACGUACGAUGAAACAUUACUAGACGAGAGAGAUCAGACCAUGCUCUCAAUGGACAUGAUGAAGUUUCAGGAUGAAGAGAGCAAGCAGUUGGCUCCCAUGGUGGAGGCGGAUGUAGGGGAGGAGAGGAGGCCGUGGCAGUCUCCACGGCGGAGGGCCUUUCUCUGCCCCACUGCACUAGGUCGACGGUCUUCCUUUCACUUUGAGUGUCUGAGAAAACAUAACAGACCUGAUGUUUCUCAGAAAACAGCACUACCACUGCAUCUAGUGCAUCAUCAGGCUCUGGCUGUGGCAGGGUUGAGUCCCUUGCUGAGACGGAGUCAUUCUCCGACGCUGUUCACGCGGCUGUGUUCCACACCUCCUGCGAGUCCCAGCGGCCGCGGCGGCGGAGGGCCGUGCUACCAGCCCGUCCCGUCUCUGCGGUUGGAGGGCAGCGGAUCUUACGAGAAACUCAACAGCAGCAUGCCGUCUGUGAACUGCAGCUCGUGGUACAGUGACAGUAACGGCAACCACAGCGGGAGCGUGCAGAGGACGCAGCGACCCGUGUCCCUCACGGUCCCUCCGGUCACACGCAGAGACUCCAUAUCCCUGGCACAUGGGAGCGCCUGCAGCCUCGUGGAGGCGGUGUUGAUAUCCGAGGGUUUGGGUCGCUAUGCACAGGAUCCCUCCUUCAUCCAGGUGGCGAAGCAGGAGCUAGCGGACGCCUGCGACAUGACCAUGGAGGAGAUGGAGAACGCUGCCGACAACAUUCUCAACGCCAACGCGCCACCCAACGCCAACGGAAACCUGCUACCCUUCAUACAGUGCAGAGACACUGGCUCGCAGGAGUCCUGCUGCAGCCACACGCUGGCCCUCUCGACCGCCACGGGCUCCGACGAGCUUCUGGGGGCGGAGUUAGAGUGCUCCGAGGGGGCGGGGCAGCGGAACAGCCCUCUGAUGGAGGACGAGGACAUGGAGUGCGUGACCAGUUUGUAGGGGGACAGCAGCACGGAGGACUUCCUGUGUCUUAGCCCAGCUCUCUCUGAGGACGCUGCUGUCCUGCAGUCUGACCUGUCUGUUGCGUGUACCUACUGUAGGGGUAUAAGGCCAUUCUGCUUAGCUGAGACCGAGUUGGUUUUUAGUUCGUCCGUGUGUUUGCGAAAGCACGAGCGAGUAGGAGUGUGUACUGUACAUGUUUGUGUGUGUGCGUUUCUAAAGUGCCUCACAGUUCUCACAACCUUGAUUGCAGUAAGGAAACGAAAACCCUGACCGAGCAGGGAAUGAAGGGAAAAGAUGCGCUGCCGUCGCUCAAGCAGUGGGGUCUGUCCGCCGGUGGGAGGACAGAGCGAGUUUGCGCUGACUCGUGUAUGUGUGUGUGUGUGUGUGGCAGUAGGACUUGAAGGCCACAUCUUCGGCGUGGACGAGUGGUGCCGAGCAGGUGGAUCUUGAGGACCGUGUUGGGAAUAUGCCGCCCGGGUUCGAGAGAUGUUCAAAGGGACAUAUUGGAGUGGCUCUCGAUUUCCUUUCAUGGGGCUGUCCAUCCAUCCGUUCAUCAGGAGAAGUGUCUUCUGCUCUGCAAGCGCCCUCACGUCAUCCUUCUCCUUUAAGGCUUUCUAUUGUGUUCAGUUGAUGGUUUUUGCUGCUUUUUGAGUUUGAUUUCUACCCACAGUUCCCUAGUUAGCUUUUCUUUAAAUCAGCGGAAGACUGAACUCCCUGAAUUGCUCUCUUUCUCGUGUACCGUUACGGCUUUCAGGCAGCUGCUAGCUGUGCAAGGUACGGGUCAUUCAGGUUUUAUUUCCUGUUUUUUUUUUUUUCUGCAUUUGAGUGUUUGUAAUGUUGUUUAUCUUGGAUUGCAUAUUUUUCUUAAAUUAUUAUUAUUAUUAUUGAAGGCGUUUAAGAUGUUUAAGCCAGAUGCAGUGUUGUGAAUCUAAUGCCUCUUACAGACACACACACAAAAAAAAUAUUUAUUUAUUUAUUGAAGAGUGUUCUGCCGGAGGGUUUGUUGGUGUAGCUGUAAAUGAGCGGUGUCACUCUCCCGGACGCAGGUAGCACUGACAGAUCUCAUGGCUGCUGUUGGAUUUGGACUCACGUUUGCUCUGAAACUACUGAUGUUUCUUCACUGCUGAUCAUUCAGCCGACAGCUGCGAUUCUGUCACUAUCCCACCUGCUCGACACAGGGAACGGCAGAGCUUCGGAAGGUCAGUGAAGGUGCACUUUGAGGAGACGAAGGGUGGAGUAUUCAGGGAUGUCUGGGUAGCGCAUCAUUAAAAAAACAAAAACCUUCAAUGUAGUUCACACAGGGCUAAAUAUAUUAUGAAAGUACCAACAUCAGCAGUGUCAUCAUCAUACAAUGUUAUUGAUUGCUAUUAUUAUGAUUAUUAUUACUAUUAUUGUUAAGGAUAUUUUUUCUGCUGGGUUUAGCACUGUUUCCAUGCAGUUCGGCAGACACACAGAGAACUACUUAUCAAUCUAUUAUGCAAAUAAGGUGUUGAAGCGUUAACAUUGUGUUGGUAAUGUGUCGACGGGAUGGAAGGCGUCCCCUAAACACGUGCGCUGAUGAGAAACCUGACCAAUCCACUUCCAGGCGUCUCUCUUUUCGUGCCACACUUAGAAGUUCUGUCACCGUUUUGCACACGACUUCAGACGAUAUGACUCUCUCUUUCCAUGUAUGAUUAGAUAAUCGAUUAUUUUUGUCUCGCGAACUCUUCGCUUUCUACACCCGAGCGUCCUGGCGUUUUGUUCCAGGCCUCGAACAUCGCAUUCAAUCUCAAGUCUCCAGUCCUGUGCCGUUUUUAUUUCCUGUUGUCGAAUGAGUUCCUGAAUGUUUACAGGAGGUCUCUGCUCUUGAGGAUGAUGCAAAGCUUGUGGAAAAAAAUGUGACAAAUGUAGCCAGAACCCACCUGCUCUGUUCCAAAGCCGCCACCACACCCCUCAUAUCUCCUACACACACGUGCCAUAUGUCAUUAUGAGGCUGCCCCAGGCAUAUUUCGAGGCCUUGAUUGUGUACGUGUGCGAGUUUCUGCGUGUUUCGCAUAUGCAGUGCGCGGAAACGAGCGUGUUUGUGUGGUGUCCGUGCGGGAUGAGUGUGUGAGUGCAUGCAUGCGUAUGUGCUUGCAUACCACAAGAUAUGCAAAAACAAUGCAAUAACAGUUUCCUUCAGAACUACAGCUGUACAAAAAUCUUAAGAUUCCGAGAGAAAUAUAUUCACUGGUGUGUAUUAAGUUACAGAACUUUAAAUUGAAGAAACCUGUCAUACUUGAAAUCGGGUGCAUUUGAGUAUCGAGUAUUUUGAAAUAAUCUUGUGCGGGUCAGUUUGGUUUGACGUUUUCUCUUCUGUUGGUUUCAAUUAUCUCUGCAUGAGGAUUCUUUUGGUGUGCCAAGCGUUCCGAGUAACUCUUUUUUUUUUUUUUUUUUUUUGUCGUUGUUGUCGUUUUCAUUUGAAACAUUGAGGAAACACUGAUGACGAGGAGCGAAGGUGUAAAUACAGUCGGAGGAGAGAAGCACCUCGGUGUGAAAAUGAUUUUGCAUAUCUUGUGCUCAGCUGAAAGGUGCAUGAUACGCAAGAGCAGCUCUCUCUGUUUCACUCUCGCUGUUUCCCCCUUUAUCUUUUCAUUCGCUCACCCUCUUUGUCCUUUCUUCGGCAGACAUCACAGUAAAGGUGAAUAUUUGAGGCUGCAAGCUGAAACAUUAGAAAUCCCCUUUCAUUUCUCCAGUCUUCAUGGACAAUCUGUGAGAUUUAGUUUGGAAAUAAUAGAUUUGGAUGCUAUGCUUGAAUUUUUUUUGUUUGCAUGGAGUCUAAAGAAUCAACCUAGUGGAAGGAGUCCUCCUCUCCCUUCAUUUGCCAAUGAUUGUAUAUUUUUAUAGACUUAUAGAAAAUGAUUAACACAUGAAAAGAGACCAUAUGAACUCAUCUAUAUCUGCUGAAUGUCAGGGUUAAAAUGGCUACACACAACCGUGUUUGAGAAUGUAUGUAGUGACUACAUAUAGAUAGAAAAAUAUAGAGGAAAUCAUUCGUAUUCACCGCAGUAGCUCCUUUUGAAACUCUGGUCGUACGGCCUGUUUUUAAGCAGGAUGGUUUGCUGUUUUUACUGAGGGAGGAGUGCAAUGAGAUUAAUCAUGUGAUUUUGAAUCCGAGGGCUUUUUCACAGCUGCUUUAUUCAGAUCAACACAUCACAUUCCCCUCCGAGCACCUGCACUUGAUAGAACAGUGUGGAAAAGCCACGGGCUUUCAUGACACAAUAGCAGCGCCUGUGUUGAUUGAACCCUCUAAUGAAUGAACACAGAGAGCUGUCUGCUCAGGCCUUGGGGAAAUGUACCAAAUAUUUGACUGAAUAUUUUCUUAGUUGCUCAGUGAGUUUUUUGCCCAAAUGGUUGUAAUGUAGCUUUUCUUCUCUCAGAGAAUCAGAAGUUAUUUUCUAUAUUUUAAUAUAAGAGAAAUAUUUAUCCGAUGGAAGAUAUUCGCACUGGUUGGAGGGAAUGUGGGUGACGUAAUGGAUGAGAUUUCAGCAAGUGUAGGUUGCUUUCUUGAUGGACCUUGAUUGUGGCUUGUAUUUCGGUUUGCCGUCUGUAGCAGCAGCGCACAACUUUUCCCCAAUAGAAAAGCGCAUAUUGAAAGAAAUGGUUUUAUGCAUGCAUUUAAAGCUUAAUAUUGUUUGAAAAUGUGAUACCCUCAGAAAAGAGUAAGCUAUCCAUAGUGAAUGAGCAGCAUUGGUUCAACCAUUCAAGUUCACAACACAUUACAGUAAAAAACAGUUAAUUUUUUGGGUUGUUUGUUUUAUUUGGAUAAACCCAGUAUAGCAGGAACAUGAAAUGUUAGUGGAUUUAUUAAGGACGUCUGUAAUAUCCAUUCAAAUAUCCAUUGGGGCUGUCCGGUGUUUCUGGGUUCAUGCGUGUUCGUAUGUCAAUUCUCCAUGUGUCGGACUGAAGGAACGUGCCGUGGGGUUGACCUUUAACCCAGAGAAAGCCUGGACAAGUGCAAUGUCUGCCCUCUGGUUUAACCUUUGUGUAGCACAUAUCUCUAAUGUCCUCCUUUAUAUGACUGUUAAUUUGAUGUUAUAAGUUAAUGUAGUGCGAGUUUUAAUGAUAAACUAAAAGCUAAGGUGGUGAUGCAAUAAUCACAAUUUGCACAUUUAAACCACGUUUAGUUGGACACAUCGUACACAUAAUCCAAGUAAAGGAUGAAUUUAUGCAUAGAUUUUAGCUGCCGUGUAAAUAUUAAUUUCGCCCUAAGCUCCAAACGUCAAUCUUGCCAUAGUUUCAUUGCAACAGGUGGGACGAUAAUUAAUGCAGAUUUGUUCAGUGUUUUUUAGGGCACUGAUUGCUUUUGAAACCCAAAACUAUGGGUAGGUGAAUGCAAAACUAUUUAUAUGAACCAGUUUGAGGUUUUCGAGUGGCAUUUCCCCGCUUCUAGUUCCACCCAGCGAAUGUAGCACUAGAGACAGAAGGAGAUGGGCGGAACAGUAACGAUUAUGAUGAGGAGCUCAAAUAGUUAAUAUUGCACCAAUCUCCAUGUAUGAGUGAAUCUUUUAACAACUUAUUCUUUACCACAUCUUGCUUACUUUCUGCAGAGAUGGAAGUAAUGCUGUGUUUAACGGCAUCGAGCUCUGGGCUUGAUUUGUUGGGUCUCUUUUUCUCUAAUGGGUGGCAGGGACUGAGGGAGUUGACUCCCUGACUGUAUAUUCACACGGGGUGUUGGGUAACAACGCCUAAUGGAUUGCGCUUCUUUGAUUGGUUCAGACACAAUUAUCAUAGUAAAAACAACUAUUGGACCGCAAUUGUUUUGCGCCAGAGCUAGGCUGUUUAGAUAAGUCGAUCUAAUUAGCUGACGCCUCAUUGGCACUUGAAAAGUUGAGAAAUUUUCAACUUCUGAUGGGAGCAACCCCAGUGGCGCGAUGCUGACGACCCACAAUUCAGUUCGGCAAUGCAUGAUGUCACCCAUUCAAAGUAAAUGAGAAGCGUUAACACCGCUGCCCCGUUUGAAUGUACCGUGACACUCACUCAUCUACAGAUGCAGCCCACAAUUCUUUCUGAAACCCGAAUCUGCAUUACAUUAUUUUCCUGCGUUCGAAGGUGAUCUGGUUUACGGUUAACCACUUUAGGACCCACAAAGGGAGGAAUUUUUGAGCGGAUCAUCUCAGUUGCUUUAUUUCUGGUGACCACACGAGCAGCUUCUGUAGUCUUGAUUGACGGUGUGGAUGGGAAGUGUAGUCUUGAGGUCCUGAGCUGUUUGUUAGAUUAACGAGUUGAAUUAAAAUUAGACGCGCAUCAUGCUUUUGGUAGAAUUUCGAAAGCAUCAGUGCUGACCAUUCAGGUCUCUCACCAAACACCGUCAGAGGUCAUUCACAUUUUGGACUUAUUUAAUGGAGUUUAGACCCCAGGUGUUAUUGAAAACUGUGAGACGUCUGCAUGGUCUGUCAUUCCCUCCUCUACUUUUGCUGAGACUCUUUUGUUUCAUUUCAUCAUUCUUUCAUUUGUUGUUCAUUUAGAUUUUAAAAAGAAUACGCUACGUAAAUCUGAAGAUUCAAUCACUUUUUCUACUCCUAUUUUCAAAAAAAAAGUGAAAUGAAAAAAAUAUAUAAAAAUUGGAUUUGUAAAUAAGUGAUUGUACAGUUUGUAUCUGUAUCUGUCAGUCUGUCUUUGGUGACAGAGUGUGUCUUGCUUAUAACGCACGCUACCAGUAAAUAAAAACUCAAAAAAUAUCUUUAGAUUGUAUGGUUCUUGACAGGAAGUUUUAAAUUUAAUCUCUGCUGUAUAUUCCUGUAAUAUUGCAUUUUUAUCUGAGGAAUGAUGUUAUUAAACAAUUGCAAAUAAAGUGAAUUUCCU